AUGGCGCACCGGUCGGUUCACCAGAUGAGAGAACUCAUUGCCAGUCUCCUCAUGCUCGCGCCCGGUCAAUUCCCCAGCGGCUUGAUUAUAAACCUCCUCUGCGGACACAUAAGAAGCGACAAAGCGAGCUACGUCCUGUCCUACCCUCAGUGGUUGCGUAAGCUCAAAACGAUGCAGCCCGUCGCUGCCAUCAAGCCGAACAAUCUUGACUAUGCUGUUGAGAUCAUCGCUGCCGCUGCCACGCUCUCUCAAAGCCAUAUAUGA